AUGAGCGACAUUACUGGUCGAAUCGACUAUUCAAUCUGCAUUCACGACAAGCCGCAGCUUUUGUAUUUCAACCUAGGCGGUGGCACGGACGACUCUACAAAGCACAAGGUGGCGUUCCUGCAUUCUGGCAUUGGCGUGAACCUGAUCAUUCUCGAGCCGGAGCUAUGCAUGACGACCCCGCCGCACCACUGGCUCAGCACCGGCGUCAGGAGCCUCGACCACUGCGUUGAGGCGCUGUGCUCGCUCCAAGGCACAGAGACGUCCGACCGCAACGCAGAAGAGGGCUUGAACAAGUGGAAGGACUUCGGCGCCGAGAAAGAAGUCAAACACUUUAUCAAUGGCCCAAGCGGGAAUGUCGAGGAGACUCGGCUUGAGGAGGGGUCAUCUCAUUCACGCACGCGAUUUGAACGCAAGAUGAGGACGCAGCAGGCGGCAAGACAACCAAAAGCAUUGGAAACAUUCGCCGGCUGUCCCUCAUCGCGCAUAUUCCGCAGACCGCCUAGUCUUCCAGGCAGCUUAUGCAUCAGAACGCAUGUCGAUGUACACGAAAAGGAGAGUAAUGACGAACUCGUCCGCGUCGACAUCAAGAUCAGCGCCGAUGGAGGAGCUUCCGCAGGGCCCGAUAAAGUACACGCUGUCAUGAACCUACUCGGCCACUCCCUCCAGCCUUUUCUGGCAGUCCCCAGCCGGGCCCAAAGCACCCUGGCUCAGACACUCCAAGGAGCCUGUCAUGGUGGGCAGGUCAUCUGGGACGCGAAAACGGUUCAAGAUUGCCACCAGUCCAUGGUCAAGCUGGAUGCAAUCAUCAAUAUGGGAGAUGGGCGGGGACACGCACAUGGUCCCGCUCGGCUACAAGUGCGAUACGAUGCUCGUGGUGAUAGACAGAUACCCGAAGCUGCUGAGGCACCCGAACGACAAGACUGGAUUUUGGUCGAGCACAUCCAUUUCCACGGGCAACAUGCCAAAGUUCGCCUGAUCCGCGUCCAAAGAUAUCCGUCAGUCGGCCGUAAAGCAUUUGAAGGGGGAAUUUGGGCGAGCACGUCCAUUUCUAUGGGACAACAUGGCGAUGCUCGCCUGCUACAGGUCCAAAGAUAUCCGCUAGUCGGCCGCAAAGCACUUGAAAGGUGCAUUGGGCCCGAAGGCAUGAUGUACAGCGACGAGCUGGUAGGACCGACACUGCCUGGAUCAUAUUCUGAAGCAAGCAAGCAAGCAAGAAAGCAAGCAAAACCCUCCUGA